AGAGAGAGAAAAAGUCCACACAGACUUCUCUUUGUUGCUGUUCAGAAGUUCGGCAGACAGAUCACAGCCUCUCAGAAAUGUUGGUGAAAACAUCCCUGCUUUUGUGCUUGCUCCUGCUAGGCCUCACCCUGGGGAUUGAGAGCGAAAGUGAGCGGAAGGUGAGAAAAGAACAAAAGGGAAAAGAGCCUCCUCGCAACAAAGCGCGCGCUGACGGUGCCCGUGGAGGUGGUGUUGGUGGUGGUGUUGGUGGUGGAGGUGGCAGCAGCAGCAGCAGUAGCGCGGCAGCCACGGCUCGAGCCGACGCCAAAAACGGGCCCGGGCAAAACAAAGGCCAAGCCAAGAGGCUGGGGAGCGACAAAGUGGCGGCGAGUCAAAAGAAAGCGGCGGGGCCGCGGAACGACGCCGGCUGCGCUGCCGUCGGUGGCAUAUGCCAACGCAACACCUACGUGUGCCAAGGCAGAUACCUAAAGGAGAAGUGUGCCGGCUCGCCAGGACGCCAGUGCUGCAUGCCAGCAGGGGCCUGGGACGUCUUCUGUGCUGGCCACCACCACAACCGGGUGAGGGCCUGUGACGGGUUUGGCUGUGGAGCGUUCAACUCUGUUAGUCAUGGUGGUGCUCGUCUCAAAGGAGUUGACAUUGUGUGUGACGAUUACGGCCAGAUCAAUGCCCCUUUCACCGGUACACUGGGUGGUCCUGUUGGCCACCGCGAAGCUGAUGGCAUCCAUUUUGAUGGCGUUAAGCUCUCCAACUCCGUGCACUGUGUGAAGAUCUUCCACAUCCGCCCCCUUCGCUACACGGGGCCCAUCUCUCAGGGCGAGACGCUGGGCUACCUGCUGCCUCUGCAGGAGAGCUUCUCCGGCAUCACCUCACAUCUGGAGCUGCAGAUGUGCGACCGGUCCGACCCCACGGCCUUCAUCUGAAA